AUGACUUCCCAGAGAGAUAGCCCAAUACCCCAUGAGCUGCGCACAGCUGCAGAGCCCCGGCAAAAUAGACUACAUCCAGUGCGACUAUCGCACAUUGAGCAGGUCAACCACUCUGUUCGGCUACUACAAUUCGCUCUGCCCCAAGAGAAUUAUGAUAACAAUCAACAGUCAUUCAGCUUCCUCCCUGGCCAAUGGCUUGAUGUUCAUAUCCCCUCCAUCUCCCAAGCGGGGGGCUUCACUAUUACCUCCACCCCGGCAGAUGCGAAAGUGUUGCCCCCACCUGAGGCUUCUAUUGAUUCAUUAGCUGGCGAGGCAUUAGAGCCCUCUUCAGAAUCUCAAGGACGCCCACCAUAUGUGGAACUAGCUGUACAAGAAUCUCCAAGCAACCCCUCCGCGGCAUGGCUAUGGAGACCAAAAGACGAGAUACUAGGGAAGGAGGUUAGCAUCCGAGUUGGUGGAAGCUUCAUCUGGCCACCUACUGGAGUCAGUAUCAACGAUGUUAAGAAUGUGGUCUUCGUUGCGGGUGGUGUUGGCGUUAAGUAA